AUGUUGAGCCCCCUCUAUAUCGCCCUGCUAGGCCUCUCUUUGCACAUCUUACCAGUUGUCGCACAGGAUCAGACAGCCCGAGUUUGGGCAGUAUUUGCAUAUACUGUCAAUGGGGAGAGAAUCCCGAAGGUUUACCCACGUCAUCCGAAGUCAUUGACACCAUAUGGAGCAUACCAACUGCAUGAAGCGGGGUCUGCGUUUCGAGACCGAUAUGUCGCUCUCGACGGGGUUGACAGCGACACCAGUAAAAGGAUCGUGAGCCUAGCUCCUGAAUUGCUCAACACCGAAGACGUCAAGGUCGCUUCCACGCCCGAUAUAGCUGUUCUUGCAUCCGCUCAGGCAUUCAUGCAGGGCGUUUAUCCACCGCUCAAUGAAACCUUCAACUCCUCGUUCUAUGGAGGUGACUUGGAAUUGGCCGAUGGCUCUGUAGUUCAGGCCCCGCUUGGGGGAUAUCAAUAUCCUUCCAUUGAAACGUUUGGGUUCGACGACCCUCAGUCCGUCACGAUCGCCGGUCAAGCGCUCUGCUCUGCACAUGGCUCUGCAAACCUUCAAUACCUUAGCAGCAAGGAAUUCUGGGCAACUUAUGCGGACUCAGCAGCAUUCUAUGCUCACCUCUAUUCUCAGGCUAUUUCUGGAGAAUUUGACAUGAAGGGUGCCAACUUCGCAAACGCAACCAGCAUCUCUGAGUUUUUGGACUACCAGGUUGUGCAUAAUGAAUCCUUGCUCCAUAACCUGGGCAAAGAGGAUGUCGACCGUGCACGAUGGUAUGCAGGCCAAUACGUAUACGAAACAAAUGGAAACACAUCAUCAUCCGAUGCUGUUAAAGACGGCAGAAUUAGAGCAAUUGCAGGGCAAGGCCUGGCAUCUAAUGUUCUCAACGCUUUUGAGAGCAGUAUCAAAGGACAGGGUGCCCACGGGAAAAUGACCCUUCGGUUUGGUAGCUCCCAAACAGCAGUAUCGUUCGCCUCGCUCUUACAACUCGACAACAGACAGAACGCGAACUUUACUUCCCUACCAAAUCAGGGAGCCUCGUUUGUCCUUGAGUUGUUCAGCCUGGAGAGCGAGAGCUACCCUACGUUCCCUGACCCAUCACAACUCUACGUUCGGUUCAUCUUUCGAAAUGGGACCGGUGCCGAUUUCAGGUCAUAUCCGCUCUUUGGGUACAGUCCUAGCAGAACGGUUCUCCCAUACAGCGAGUUUCAAGACAAUAUGCAAAGUAUGACACUAGGGUCGAUCGCAGAUUGGUGUCAACGCUGUAACUCGUCCGCUGUGUUCUGUUCUGGCGUCGUUCCUGCGGGCAAGUCUAGCGUGAGCAACCCUGAUAAAAAGGACAAGGGCGGUAUGCAUCCUGCAGUUGCCGGGGUCGUCGGAGCUGCCGUUACUGUCGGUGUUUUGACCCUCUUCGCUGUUGUUGGAUUCUUCUGUUGUCUGCGGACAAAGCGAGUGCGUCGUAAUUCGAGUUUUGGAGGCUUCAAAGGGAAUAGCAAGGUGGCCAGCGAUUCGGAUCUCACGUUCAACAAUCCACAAUGGGGAGCCGACAUCAAGCCCCCCGCAGCAUCAGCCAGAGGGUACGAACGACAUGGCAGUUGGGAAAUGGCCAACAGCCCUCCAAGAAUUGCAGAGCACAGAGUUGGGGCAUCGUCUCUAACAGAAGAUAUUGAAGAAGAGUGGCAGCUGCAUAAUGGUAUGAAGCCAGUCAAAGCACGGGAGCAUGUUUGA